AUGCAUCCCACAUUUUUUCUCGCUGGCCUGGCUGCAGUCAUUCCCGCCGCCUUGGCAGAAGAGCUCCGUGCAGACGAUGUACCAUCAGCAUGCACAACUAUCUGUCAGCCCAUUGUUGAUCUUACCAAUACAUGCGAUAUCGACCCCAACGAGACCGACAACGAUAACAAAAGAAGGAAAUUGCGCCUCCGCGAAAGCGACGAGUCUGGUGAAGAGGCUAUCGAGGCAAACUGUAUUUGUACGAAUACCAGCUUCGACGUUGCUGCUGUGAUGGCGCUCUGCGCGAGCUGCAUGUCCCAAAAUAGCCAGUCGACAGAAGUAAUAGAUGUCGAUAAGAUCAUGUCGCAAUGCACUUUCACAUCCACUUCAUACGUGGCCUCGGCCACGGCCAUAGUCUCAGGCAUUCAGGUCAAGGCUACAAAGCCAGCUACGACUGGGGCUUCUGAAUCUACUUCUACGAGUGGUGCGUCGUCGUCCACCGACUCCGCUACCGGUGGCGCUGAGAAGAUGGCUGUGUCCAUUAUAGCUGCUGCAGGGGCCGGGUUAAUAUUCAUGUUGCAAUUGUAA